CUUCUCUCCUACGCAGAUCCUUCUCCUUCUUCCUUGCACAUCAUCAAUCGACUUCACCCAGGCCAUCGCCGCCGCCGUCAACUUCGCCCUGCACACCAGAUCUACCGAGUUCUCUCUCACGCCGUUGAUUUCGCUGCUGUUAAGAUCUGAAACUUUUGUGAUAUGGCAGAUGUGGAUAUACUCUCCAACUCUAAAUCUGCCAACAUAAUGGCAUAUUUAUUCCGCAUGAGUUGUUACAAUGGUUGUGGUGCUCAGGCCUCGGGGGAUGGCAGCGGCGGUGGAUGGCGACACCGGUCAGAUGGCGAUGGCAUGGAUGGUGACGCCGGUGUGGGAAGUGGCGGUGGCAAGGGGCGGCGAUGGGUGGCAAUGAUGCGCCAGCAAGGAUGCGGCCGCAGGCGGCGAGGGCGGCGAGGGCGGCAAGAGGCGGCGCAUUUGCCGGCGAGGGCGGCGACAGGCGGCGCCGUCUCCGGAGAGGGUGGAGGCAGGAUGUGCCGGCGGCUGGUUUGGCUCUUGCUUCACGAGAGUUACUUCUAGGGUUUCAGAACUUUUACAUUUUAAUUUUAAAAUUUAAAAUAUUAAAAGAGGGGUAUUUUUGUCCAACUAUUCUGAAAGUGGUCCUAUGAGACUUGUGUUUCGUUUAUAGUCCUAAAAGAGCA